AAUAGUUAUAAAUGCAUGUACAAUUUUAAUUGAAUAGUAUCAAGGUAUAUCAACAAAGAUUAAAAAUGGCAGAUAUCACCACUAAAUGCAUAUCGUUAGCUCUGUACCAAUAUAUGUGUCAAAAUAUUGUGGGAUCAGAAGAUUAUGUAAGGACAAUAAGAAUGCUGAUAACUGUUCGGGACAAUUUAAUUACCAACGAUUCAAACGUCGUUAUUACCGGUGGAAGUUUUGGAGAGGGUCUUGAUCUACGCCGAGGAGACAUAGAUAUUGUACAAGCGCACAAAUGUAUCGAUGUUUCUGAAGAAAGAAAAUUCGCUUUUGACUUUCAUAAAACAUAUUUGAAAAUGGAAACUGAAACAAUACAUGCAGGCUAUACUAUGUUACAUCUUAUAUUUUCUCAAAAUAGCAACGAAUUUCAACUCUGUAAGGAGUUAAAUGGGAAGUAUUACUUUUCAAACGCAUUAUUUAAGCAAAAGUUUUUAGACAGUAAAAACAGGGUUAACAUUAUUCACGGACCUUGUCUUUCGACUGAACAGGGAGACUACGACUUUGCACACGCAUUGCAUAGUGAAUUUUGGAUAUCUGCUGCAGAAAACUGGAUAACAAGAUCGACAAACUUAUGGCCUAGUUAUGUGGUCAAGCAGAGUAUUGUAAAACAUGGUGUAUUGUUUGUACCAGUAGGUUAUAAUGGAUCACCAAGGGAAGAACUUCAAUGGAGGAUAUCCUUCAAUGUGGGCGAGAAACUAUUAAUUUAUACCUUUACACAUACACAACUGCUGUGCUAUUGUCUGAUGAAAAUUCUUCUGAAAGACGUAAUAAAUGAACACAUGGACGUAGAAUAUCAUGAAUUACUCUGCUCUUAUAUCCUUAAAACUGUUGUUUUCUGGAUCUCUGAGGAAAUGCAACCAUCCAUAUGGAAACCUACAAAUCUGAUACCUUGUUUUAUGGGAUGUUUUAAAAGAUUGAUUUAUUAUGUUGAAUUUUCAGUUUGUCCGCAUUACUUUAUACCACAAAACGAUUUAUUUGAGAAUAGGGUCAAAGGGCGUGCACGUGAGGUUUUGUUAAAUGCACUACGUUCAUUUUAUAGACAUGGAUGGCGAUGUUUCAAAUUUUCAAAAAAUAUAUUUUGUUUGCAAGUCCGAAGAUUUUACACUGAACCUUGUAUCAAAUAUUUAGAAAGAAUAAAAUUAAAUUUUUCUGAAUUAAUUCGAACAGACGCUGCCUUGCUCAACUCAUAUAAUCACUUACAAAAAGCUUUUACAGGAAUGCAUCCGUUGCUUUCAUAUAAAAAUCCGAAAAUAGUGUAUCUUAAUAUAUACAGCCUGUCAAUGAUAUGUUCACAAAAAGCUCAAACGAUACGAUUGACUGGGGCGUAUGGCAACAAAAACUGCUACUUGAAAUAUAAAGCCUGCCAGUAUAAUUUGAUGCAGAAUAUUUACCAUGAUGCAGCAUCUGGUUGGCUUUUGAUAGCCUCAUUUUUCUAUAAGCGAAAGCAAUACAAUAAAGCAAUGUAUAUCAUAUCGAACUGUGUGAUCUUCAAGCUAUAUCCAAAUUCAGAAAUGAUACACACAUUUAUUCAAUUGUGCGCUGUAAAAUCAUUCCAAAAGAGAUUAUUAACGCUUUUGAAAAUAGAGCGUUGUGAUUUCGUGCGGUUUAAAUCAAAGUCAACGCUUUUACCUCAGGAACUACAAUUGGAAAUAAAAGACAUAUCACAUCAUUUUCCAGCAACUAUGUACACUCAUUUUCUCCGUUUUCUUUGCCAUUAUCAUUUGACCAAUCGUCUAGAAUGUCGUGAUUCUCUAAGAGAUCUUCAAAGAACUAUAACGAAAUCAGACCGUAUAAUAACUCCGACGGCAAAAGCUGUAUCGUACAUUUGCCUUGGAAAAGCAUUUCAGCUUCAUGGAGAUAAAGAUUCAGCUACGAAUGCCUUUCAUCAGGCGUAUGAAUUUGAAUCGUUUGGUGUAAAGAAAAUUGCCCAAAAAAGACUCUCGCUGAUAAAGUGAUAUUAACAUUAAUCUGAUAAAGAACAUUAUCGUGGUAUGUUAAGAAUUGUACUUCGUGUCAACACACGAUUGAAAGUUCAAUAUCUGAUUACAGAAAAGCACAUAUUGUUGUAACGUUUUUGACACUUGUUCAAAUUUAAGGACUGGAAAAAUCUUAAUUGUCCACAAAUAUUUCCACGUUAAUAAGACAAUUAUCAAAUGCAGACAAUUUAGGGCUUCGCAUAUUGCAUGGACUAUUGUCUAUUGUUGAAGACUGUGUUGUGUUGUUCCAAGAUUAAGAUCUACAAAUUAAUCUAAUGACCGAAAUUGACUCUUUAUUUAAGGUAUUGAUUUUAAAUGAUGAUUUAAACAAAUUUUUAGUGUUUUUGCUUAUUAUGUAGAAAACUGUUAUAGAUAGAUAGACAGACACUUAACGUAGCAAAAAUGAUCAGCAUGACAAGAUCUACAAAUAUGUCAGCAUGGCUGAAAUCGUCAGUCGACUCCUUGUUGGAGUGCUUGCUCUUUAAUGACGAUUUUUACCAUUUUUCGGCGUUUUUGCCUGUUAUCUUGAAAACUGUAAAAGAUAGAUACACACAUUUUAAAUAACAAAAAUGAUCAGCAAGACAAGAUCUACAAGUAAGUCAAUUUUUUCCUCAAUCGUUAGUAGACUCUAUAGGAGUGAUUGCCUUUAACUGAAUAUUUUUUACCCUUUUUUGUGUGUUUUGGGCAAAUACUUAAGAAGAUAGAGAGAAAAUAUAAAUAGAAAAAUGAUCAGCAAUACAAGAUCAACAAAAAAGAGAUUUUUGUCAUGAAUUCUAUUCUAGUCUAAAAUGUUGGAGAGUUUUCAUUGUUGAGGAUGCACAUAGACCUAGAUGAUGAGCGACCCAGGCUCUUUAGAGCCUUCAGUUGACAGGAUUUAUGGGAAGUUGACCAUAUUAUUAGGAUUGUGAUAAUAACAUCUCGUGCAAGGAACUCCCGUUUUACAGAACGCUCUCAAAUCAUUUAGUUGCUAGAAUUCUCAGUUUUGAAUUCUAGUUAAACUGUUUUCAGACAUGAGCAUCCUGUAACAUAUAUAUUCUUAAAAUCAUCAUAUUUUUCGAAUUAACAAAACAGAUGACAUUCCUGUUUUAUGAUGACGUAGUUUUGGGCAGAUAACUCCAGACCGACAAAAUUUUACGACUCACAGGGUAAGUUCCGGAUAGUUACUUGUGACACCAAACUUCGUAGAGUGAUCGUUUCCGUUCCGGAACUAUUUUCCUUUACUCCAUCAAUUGGUGCUAGAAUUUUGCUUCAGGGCAGGACAAAAUAUAAAAUGUAACUGGGACUUAUAUACAUGAAUAUUUAGAUAUUGGUUCCAGCUCUUUUUUAUUAUCCAGAAUUGGUAUCAUGUUCAAAAUAGAAACUAUAAAGGGCCCAUUAAGAGUAUAUAAAUGAGGUUCUUAAUGGGGUUAACAGAAUAAAGAAUAAUGGACCAAAAACAUAAAGUUAUAGGGGAACAUUUUUAUUAUUAUAUGACUAUAAAUUUACUGGAUAAUAAUGGGUAAAAAUAAAAUGAAGAACAAAAAAUGUUCUUGAAAAAAAUAGGAAUACAGAAAUGAAAAUGCUCCCAUCCAGACCAUUGUAAAUUAAUACAUAGAAUAAAAGCAAAAUCCAUAACAA